CGCGUGGUGGGAGGCCUCAAUAAAAGUCAGUGGCAGACUGAUUGUAAUUCAGAGUGGCGGUAGACUUCGGUACCAGUUCCCCGUACGGCCGCGUCCUUUCUCCGUGCCUCUUUUUCUCUUUUCGUUCUUCUUCGUUCUUGCGUGCGGUCCUUGGUGAUUUUUCAAAAAGAUUUUCUCCUCUUCCUCGAUAUCAAUCUCGUCACCGAUACGCGUACAAGAAGAAGUACAGCUCGAACGAGAACUUGGAGUCGAUCGUCGAUGAUCAUAGGUCCCAGAUCAACGCGACAGACGCGAGAAACCGAGGAGACGUUGCUCGACCACGUUCGACGAGGUGCGUGCCUCUACGAAAACUCGCGAGACUUCGUAAAGAUUAUCCGGCGAGCUACCUGCUUGGGAAACACACGAGAUCGAUAGUGUCGUGGCAACGACGUUUUAGACUGACCCUGUUGGCGAGUUGUUCCAACCUGGAAUAACUCGAUCCUGCACGUUUUCCCGCCAGGACAACCCAUUUUCGAUAAGAUUCAUGCUCGACACGGGCAACCGAGUGGCAAUCGAGCGAAGCUGGAAUUGUUUUUGGGAAGAAGAACGAUAGUUCGAAGAGGAAGAUCGGAGAUUUUGAAGGAUCGAAAAGACACGUGGAUCAUUGGUCGCGUCAUCUUGCGAUCAGCUGAGGCAUAAACGACCAACGAACGCGUGCGUGUAGUCAGUGACACCGGGGUGAAGGGACAUUUAUCUUGGACUUUGUGACAUUCACGGUGAUCGCCUGGCGCCUGAAGAGAUUUUGACAGAGGAAUUUUCAAAGUUUUCAAGUUACUGGACGAAGCAGCAGAAUGGCCAGGUGGAAUCGUAUGUUCGCAUGGGAAAGGUGUGUCGGAAGUGUCCUUUUGGCAACUCUAUUCGCCGUUUCGCACGUUAAAUCCGAGGAACAGAAGUCGACUGUAUCGCAGACUGCAGCUAUGAACUACCUGUCUCAAUUUGGCUACUUACAACCUAUCAAUCCAACAAGUGGUGGAAUUAUAUCUCAGGAUACACUCUCGAAAGCGAUCUCGGAAUUUCAAGCUUUUGCUGGAUUAAAUAUUACAGGUGACUUCGACGAUGAAACAUUUAAGCUAAUGGCAUUACCGAGGUGUGGCGUUAAAGACAAAGUUGGUCCUGGCUUUGGAAGAUCGAAGCGAUACGCUCUUCAAGGCUCAAGAUGGCGUGUGAAGAAACUGACGUACAAGAUCAGCAAGUAUCCGCGAAAUUUGCCACAGCACAAAGUCGACGACGAGCUGAACAAGGCGUUCAAAGUAUGGUCUGAAUAUACAGAUCUCGUUUUCAUCCAAAAAAAGUCGGGCCAGGUCCACAUUGAGAUUAGAUUUGAGAAAGGUGAACACGGAGAUGGAGAUCCUUUCGACGGACCUGGUGGCACUUUGGCUCACGCUUAUUUCCCCGUAUACGGUGGUGAUGCCCAUUUUGAUGAUGCAGAGCAAUGGACCAUCGACAGUUUCCGUGGCACGAAUCUCUUCCAAGUAGCCGCUCACGAGUUUGGUCAUUCCCUCGGAUUGAGCCAUAGCGACGUUAAGGCUGCUCUAAUGGCACCCUUCUAUCGCGGCUACCAACCUUAUUUCCAGUUAGAUGACGAUGAUAUUCAGGGUAUCCAGGCUUUGUAUGGAAAAAAAUCGGCAAAUAGUGGCGGCGUUCCAACUGGACCGAGAUAUGGAACCACUACUGCGUCACCGCCCAGCGAAGAAGACUCCGAGCUCUGCACGGAUCCAAAAGUCGACACUAUGUUCAAUUCUGCAGAGGGGCAUAUGUAUGCGUUCAAGGGUGAUCGUUACUGGAGAUUAACCGCGGAUGGUGUAGCAGUCGGCUAUCCUAAGCUCAUUUCACACUCAUGGAAAGGACUACCAGGAAACAUAGACGCUGCAUUUACAUACAAAAAUGGAAAAACUUAUUUCUUCAAGGGCUCGAAAUAUUGGAGAUACGUAGGCAAGAGAAUGGACGGAGAUUACCCGAAGGAAAUCAGCGAAGGUUUUACAGGAAUUCCAGAUAAUAUCGACACUGUGACUGUUUGGACCGGAAACGGCAAGAUUUACUUCUACAAGGGCGCCAAAUUCUGGAGAUUUGACCCUGCUCAAAAACCACCCGUGAAGAACACCUAUCCAAAAUUGAUCUCAAACUGGGAAGGUAUCCCAAAUAAUCUUGAUGCCUCGAUCGUUUAUCGUGGUUACACGUAUUUCUUCAAGGGAGAUGCUUAUUAUCGAUUCAAUGACAGAACCUUCUCCGUGGAUGUUGCUGAUCCAGCAUUCCCUAGAGCGACGGCGUAUUGGUGGUUCGGGUGCAGAUCAGCCAACAAGGGAACGUUAGGUAAUGUCCAAUGGCUUCACGAAAAUCCCGAAGAUAUAUUUCCGCAUGCUGGCAUCCUCACGCCCGAUGAUGGUGACCAUGAUAGUGACGACGAUGAGGUCGGAGACAUCAUUUUAGAUGCAGGCGAAACGGACGAGCAGCUAGUCACGUCUUCCAAUCAGGAUGCGGACUCUGCGGCGGGAAACGUUUCCACGGCAACGUCGAUAUCGUGGUAUCUUCCGUUCAGUUUGAUGACCAUGAUCUUCGCUAAAAUUGUUGCCACUACGUAAAAGAUAGGGACGAUUUAUUUGUUGAAGAUCAUAUAAAGCAAUGGGAUCAUCAACGAUGGGAAGUCCAGUAUAGUUAAUUAAUCACACGGACCAUUAAAAUGGGGAAAGUGAGACUCAAAGUGUGUCGUACACGAAAAAUGGAAACUGUGCCAAAAAAAUGGCAUUGUGCUAAUCGGCGCUCAUGAAUCGUGGGUGAUAAUCAUUUUAGGUCAACGAACGUGUUGAAGCGAGAUUCCGUUCGUUACUAUGUAUUUUAAUCUCUCAUGGAACAAUCAUUCCAAUUGAAGCAACGUUGCGCAUCUACAAUAGUUGUUUAAAAAAAGUUUGCUUCACUCUAGAUAAUAAGUAUUCUGCGCAGCAUGUUUUAUAAGAUGUGAUAAGAUUUUACACUUUGUUAAUCGAUCGUUUCGACGCAUCUUACAAGACAUGCUAUAUAUAUGUAAAAUACACAAAACAACAUGUAACAUAUGUUUAUACAUAAUAUUUUAAGUCACAUGCAAUAUUAUGUCAUCAAACCUUU